AUGCUAGGCCAGGCGAUUGGCUAUCUAAGUGGUGGUAUGAUUGGUGACGCGAUCGAUAUCCGGGCUCCUUUCGACGUUGCGUUCAUUUCCUUCAUCCUCGCGGGUAUUUACGUCUGGCUCGCCUUACCAUAUAUCUCCCCCGAUUCAAUGUCUAAUGGCGGAAAGAACGGCCAAAAAGGCGUCUCUGGUUUUCUCGCGCCGCUCAAGAUUCUUACACCGCAGAAAUUGCUCCUCGCUGAUGGCAGAGUCAAGAAGCAUUUCGGCGUCAUUUUCCUCUGUAGCGGCAUAUUCGUCUCAGUUCUCGCCACUGGUUAUGCACCUCUUCUCAUCCAGAUGUAUGCGACAGCGGCGUUUAAUUUUAGUCAAGGUGAUAACGGAUGGCUCAUGUCUGAGUUUGCGUUCAUGAGGAGCUUCUUCUUGAUUCUACUAUUCCCAAGGAUCAUCGCUUGGGGGCGAGGCCGUGUUAUCAGAUCUGAACCAAACAGCGAUGACGAGGCGGAACCGGGUCAUAUUCCAACGGAGGCUGGGGAGUUUGAUGCUACGUUAGGAGAGCAAGCUGAUCAUGAGCCAUACGAGGCAGUCAGCCGCAGCAAAGCCGACGAGGGAUGUCUGUUUGAUCUUGUCUUCCUUAGAUGGAGUUUGCUAGUGGAUGGUCUACUUACUACAGUUGCCGCCUUUGCGACCAAGCCGUGGCAUAUCUAUCUUGCUGCCUUUCUUCUCCCAUUCGGCUCCGGAUCUGCUCCAGCAGCAAAAGGCGUCAUUACACAGAUGUGCCCAGAUUCGCAGCGCGCCGAUGCUCUCAACGCCGUUACGCUAGUUGAGAACGUAGCACGACUAGCUACCCAAGGCUUGUUUGGCUUCAUCUUUGCCAGUUUGGCUGAGGUUGGCAAAGCAUAUGCAACGUUCUUCUGCAAUGCGGCCAUUGCUUUAUUAGCCAUGGUGGUUCUUUUAUUCUCCAACUUCCCGCCUCCCGGAAGUACAUUGAUUGAGAAGCAUGAAGAUCAGGACGAGGUUCAAGACGAGGGCAGCGAAGGCGAGCCUCUCCUCAACGCCAGAGACUAA